AUGUGCUUAUGCACCGUCUGUGGCAGGGAUGGGACCACUCGAUACCCCGCCGUCCCUCCAAAAGGCAGUCUCUCGUGCUACUCCUGUCUGGAACUCAAGAACCUCGAAGCCCAGAUUGCCGACACCAAGGCCUUUCUUAAUCACCUUGAAGCACAUCUCAGCCUCCUGAAGUCCAACCACAAUCACACGCACGGCUAUUUCACCCAUCGACUCCCUCCCGAAGUCGCCUCCAACAUCUUCGUGCUCGCCGUCUCAGGCCCGGAAACUUCCCGGAGCGAGCACCUGAGCCCUCUAACCCUCGGUGCCGUGUCCAGGAGGUGGCGCCAGAUUGCGUGGUCGACACCUAGAUUAUGGACGUACGUCCCCGUCAGGCUCAACAGGUUCGAGGUAUCGUUCCACCUCCCGAAGGAACUUCUUCUGCAGUGGAUAGGACGGACGGGCCAACUUCCCCUCUCAAUUUGCAUGCUCUACAACGAGGCAGACGCAGACCCCACCCAGCACACCGAAAACUUCACGAACGUCAUCGAAAUUAUCAACGAAUACUCUCUACGCUGGGAGACACUGAACAUCAUGAUGCCGUUCUCACUAUACCCUCGUCUCCGGUCCAAAUGCGACAAGGUGCCGCUCUUGAAACACCUAAUCAUGCGGCUGCCCUUGAGGAUCGAUGACGAUGCAUUGCUAUACAAAGGAGAAAUCCUCGACGUCUGCACUGUUCCUCCUCUUCCUCAAACCGUCAUGAUAGAAGGGUUUCCACUGGCUUCAAUCCGCAUAGAUUGGUCCAACGUAACGACCCUGCAAUUAGCCGACAGUUCCGUCAUUGAUUGUCAGCGCCUCUUCCAGCAGGCUCCUCAACUAUCUCAAUGCUCGAUCGAUAUUAUUGGCGGCGUGAAUGCCCUCCGUCUUGACAGCUCCAUCGUCCUUCCUUGCCUAACGAAAUUGAAUAUUAGCCUUUUCAUUGGUGAAGCGACAGCAAAAGAUCUUCUCGACAGCAUUACCCUUCCAGCCUUGAAGGACCUUGAAUACCAUUUUUACUCGAUCGAUAAUAUGGCUCUGGCCGCCCUGCUCAACCGCUCAUCAUGCCCUCUCGCCUCUCUUCAUCUCAAAUGCUGGCUGGACCGCAUGCCAUUGGGUCAAAGCCUACUUCAGACAUUGCGAGCUAGUCCGAGCCUCGAAAACCUUUGUCUCGAUCUGAUUCCUUUACCGCAGGAUUUUUUCGAGUCUCUUUCUGAUCCUCCCAGUGACAGUGUCUCUAACCAAGGCAUAUUACUCCCCCGGCUUCAAUCUUUCUCAUAUAGCGGCGAAUUAACGUUUGACUGGUCGUCCUUCGUUAAAUGCAUCGACUCAAGAUUGACUAUCCGAGGAGAUGACGGAGGGCCCUUACUUCGCUCGAUCGACCUCUGCUCUCAGACCAUCAUCAGGCAAGAGUCAAAUCUGACGUCGUACUACAUCAGCGAGCUGGCAACUGCCGACCUUUGCCGCUUGCUCAAGAGCGGGAUAAGCAUAAAAAUCGCUAAUGGCCCGUGGGAUAUGCUCCAGUACUCGAUGUCAUUCCACAAGAAGUCCUGGUUGAAGAAGCGAUAG